AUGAGACGAAUAGUAUUCAUUUGUUUAUCUUUAUUAAUUUUUGGAUCAGUCACAAAUGCACGUUUUUGGGAUUGUUCUGAAAAUGGAGUUGGAGCUUGGAGCAAAGUUUCAGUGAAAGGUUGUGAUAAUGAUGAAUAUCCAUGUGAAAUGAAAAUGGGACAAAAUUUACACAUUAGCAUAACUUUUACAACAAAUGCAUCAAUUAAUAAUGCAUGUGCAAAAGUUGAAGUAGACGUAUUGGGAAAAAAAACUUUUAUGUUAAAAGAAGACAUUUGUGAAAAUGAAAAUUCUGGAGUCAAAUGUCCAUUGAACCAAGGACUUCAAUUUACAUACAAAGGUUCCGCAAAAGUACCAGAAGACGAUCAAUUGCAACAAAUUGGAGAAGCUAACGUUUAUUGGCGAUUAGUGAAAGAUGAUAAAGAAAGUAAAGAAAAUAAGCGCCGUGAAGCAGAAACACCAACAACAACUGAAAUAGUAUGUGUUAAAAUUCCAAUAACAAUUGUAUAUCCAGAGGUAGGAUUCGGAAAAUUCGGAGAAUACGAUGACGACGAUGAAGACGAAAAAUAA